AUGAAGGUCCACCCAUCUCCAAAUAAACGAGAUCUCACCGCCUCCCAAUAUGACGUAUCUUUUUCCUCCACCGCCGCCAACCCAAUGCCCGACAAGAAGCUUAAGAGACUCCCCCACGUAUUUGCCAGAGUGCUUGAACUUCCCUUCAACUCAGAUGCCGACGUUUUUGUCCUAGAAACUCAAGAAUCUUUCCUUUUUGUUGCCAACAGCGAGGAUAUAACCAUAACCAAUAACUUUCAGGCACACGUGAUUAAGAUUUUACCAGGAGUAACGAAGAUCGAAGUAAGAGGAGACCGAAGUGCCGAUCGCUGUUCUACGGAGGGUCUCUAUACUGAUACGUGGCGAUUCAGGCUUCCGGCGACGACGUUUCCGGAGAUGGCGAGCACUAGGUGUAUCGUUGGGCAAUUGGUAGUCACAGUUCCCAAAACAUUGAAUUUGGAGGACGUAAUCGAAGAUGAUUGUAACGCAGAGGAGAUGCUAUUUCUUGUAGAGUGA